CCAUUCUUUUCUACUUAGUUUCUGGGAAUAUGUUAAGUGGAGAAAUUUCACCUCAAUUCUGCAACAUGACUUCUCUUCAAGUGCUUGAUUUGUCUCACAAUAAUUUGAGUGGAAUGAUGCCGCAAUGUUUUGGCAACCUCAGUUCCAUGUUGGUUUUAAACUUGGAAGGAAACAACUUCCAUGGCACUAUUCCUAAAACAUGGGAAACUGGAAACAAACUCAAAGCAAUUAAACUAGGACAAAACAAUUUGCAGGGGAAGUUACCAAGAUCACUAGGCAACUGCAAAAAGUUAGAGUUUCUUGAUCUUGGAAACAACAAGAUCAAAGAUACUUUCCCAUCUUGGUUGGGAGCCCUUUCUGAAUUGAGGAUUCUCAUUUUGCAUUCAAAUAAGUUCCAUGGCACAAUUGCAAUCAAAGUGCUAGAGACAAAUUUAUUGUUUCCUAAGCUCCACAUCAUUGACCUUUCAAACAAUGGAUUUGUUGGCACUUUGCCAAUAAACUUGUUCAUGAGAUGGAAUGCCAUGACUAAUAUUGAAGGGAAGAAUGCAACAUAUUUGCAUGCAUAUAACCACCAUUUCACAGCAAAUCCUAUCUUCCUUUCGUAUUUUUUUCCUUACUCAAUGACAAUAACAAACAAAGGAAAGAAGAUGGAAUAUGCAAAGAUCUUAGAGGUUUUCAGAGCAAUUGAUCUUUCGUGCAACAAAUUUGAGGGAGAGAUUCCAGAAGUAGUUGGGAACUACUUAAAGGGACUUCAACUACUCAAUCUUUCUAAUAACAUCCUUGAUGGUCAAAUCCCUCCCACCUUGGGAUAUCUUACAAAUCUUGAAGUACUUGACCUUUCUCAAAACAAGUUCAAAGGAAGAAUUCCUACACAAUUGACACAACUUAAUUUUCUUGAAGUCUUCAAUGUGUCUCACAACCAUUUAACAGGACCUAUCCCUAAAGGUCAACAAUUUGAUACAUUUGAAAACAACUCGUUUGAUGGAAAUUCAGGAUUGUGUGGAAUGCCACUGUCAAGGAAAUGUGACUACUACAACCCCAAGGUUUUGCCUCCACCAUCUUCAACCUCUAAAGGACAUGAAGACUCUAGCUUAUUAGCUGAAUUUAGUUGGAAAUUAGUGUUGCUGGGUUAUGGAAGUGGAUUUCUCAUUGGUGUGGUCUUUGGAAACAUUGUUUUUACAAGAAAAUGUGAAUGGUUUAUGAAGAUAUUUCAAAUCAGGUAUCCAAGAAUCAGGUAUCCAACAAGGCAAAGGAGGGAGGGCGUGAAAGAUUGAAUAGGAGCAUUGAGUGAUGAUUAUAUCAUUUCAUUAUAUUUUUGUUUUCCUUUUUUUAUUUGUUUGUGAUUACAAGUUCAAUGCAGGUCCAAUGUAUAUAAUAGGAAUCUCAAUCUUCAUGAAUAAGUACUUAUACUACUA